CUCCAUGUCUGGCUACCUACCUUACCUACCUGAGCUAGGUAUCUACCUUAGGUACGUACCUCCGACUUGCUCCAAGUAUCCAGGGGUUCUUCCACCAAGGCCCCUUUAGGGCCACUCUCUUUCUCUAUCUCCUCCCUCGGUCACAGCAGACCUCGGAGAUUGCUCCUCUUCCCAUCCGUCUCGUCGCGUCUGUCUUGUUCUGUCUUGUUCUGUCCAUGUGCGGCUUCCCCGUUCGACAUGAGACUCACACUCGCCAUCACCUUCCUGAUGGCCAGCCUCACGGCUGGUGUCGAGGCCUCUGUAAGAGCGGCACCCUAUCAAAUCAUGUUCUUAUGGAACGCCUACCAGAUCGAACUAGAAGCCUUCGGUCCCGGGAACACUGUGACAGCCCGAGACUGUAACCAAAACACGGUCCCGCGGAGGCGCUGCACCCUUAACGAGUUCAUCAAGAACAUAGAGAUGACAAGAAACAAUCCGGGCUUUGCGGGCGUUGUUGAUGUGCCAGACAACGCCCGAGAGCUUCCUACCGUGCAGACGGCCGAGAAGUUGAAAGCCGCCGGGUACCGCUCGAAUUUUGAUUUUCUUAAGCUUUAUCCUGGCGUCUACAACUUGGAGACGAACCCCAGACUCAGGGGCAACCCGCCGGGCCUCGAAGCCGUGCUGGGCAACAGCAUCGAAGCGGUUCAGCGAGCAAGGCGGCUUAACGGAAACUCGGCAGUCAUCGAAAGGUUCCUGGCCUACGCUGGAGAGUCGCUAGAUGUCUGUAUAAGAAUGAGAGAGGCCGAUAUGGAAGAUGGCCUCAUCAAAGAGCUCAGGAAUUGGUUGGUCGAAGGGAACUACAUUGUGCGCGGCUUCGAUCUCAAGUUCAGGAACCCAAAGCCGACGUUACCGGACGGAACCACAUACGACGAGAUUGAUUUCGAGGAAACGGUCCGAGCCAAUGCAAGGCUCGCCGCUGCCUGGGAUGGAUUCUGGGACACUCUCAACAAUUGGUUAUUCACCGUCUAUUUGAGACAGAAGGGAAAUCAGUCACCCGACCGGCAUGCAAAAGCCAUCGCCGCUCUUCAAGGGUUCUCGAUGAAGAUUCAAUUUCCACUCGGCACUUGUUGAUGACGAGGCUCGGCAGUCCUGCUUUCAAUAGACAACUACCAGUAGCCAAUUGAUG